AAAUCCUCUCAAAUUCCCGUUUCUUCCUGGUUGCGCGUGGACACACUCUCGGAUAUAUAACGUGCUCUAGGAUGCACAGACAACUUUACACAAUGCUAUGAGUCCAUUAUUAUGGCCACUGGAAGUCAUGUUGGAAGUAAUGCAGAAGUCCACAGGCUCAAGCAGGCUCAGCCCCAUGACCUUCUCAAACGUAUGCUUUGUUCUGGAGAUGAGAAGAACAUGAGGGAGGUGGAUUAUUUACUGAAGGACGAAACUGAUCAAGAGAGAUUUCCAGUGGGCCGUUGUGUGCACAAAUACAGCAAAACGAAGAGAGAGGGUGUUGGCAAGAAGAAAACUCGUCUCUCUGGGGUGGGACCAAGAGCAUGUCGGAAAUUGCCCACCACAAGCAGGACAUCUGACAUGGCAAACAAAGAAAACGAACUGACCUGCGUUGAUGAAGUGCAGGCUUUUCUUUACAGUGACAACUGUGGGUUCCCAGUGAACUCCACAGACGCAAAAAUGGCAGGAGCUGGCUCCAAAUACAGCGAUUAUUUUACUGAGUUAUCAAAGGACCAUGAAGCAAUGAGUCAUGUGCUCUUCGGAAGGAAUCUCAGACUGAAUGUUGCUUUGACUCUUUGGCGGAAAAAUGCAAGCGAACUAGUGGCAUACUUAAACAGAAUACAAGACACGGGGGUGCUUGUUGACUGUUUGCCUGUACUUACUAAAAGUCUUCAGGGAGAACAGCCAUGCAUUUCACUGGGCUGUUGUGUUGAUCUUUUUCCACAAGUGAAAAUGAUUCUUAACACUAAAUAUGAAGAACACCUCAUCGUAGCUUUACACUGGGUUCAAUCUAUCAUUAAGAAAUGGUGGUCUGAGCUCUCCACAAACAACAAAAGUUUGCCCGAGAGCAGUUCAAACGACAGGAAUGUUCAGGCAAUGAAGACAAUGCUGCUUGAACUGUGGCAAGGAAAGAGUCACUUAAGCUCAGUUCCAGGAACUGUAGGAGAAACUGCAAAGGUCAUCGAAUCAUAUGUGUCACAACUGCGCUGAUGUAUCAAUGUAGCACACUAAGGAGAAAACCACUAUAAACUCUUGGUGUAUUUUAAGCUCUUGAGGUUGGUGAAUCUGAACUCAGUAGACUGUGGUGAAUUGGGGGUAGAUGAACUGAACAAUUCAGACACUCCAAUUUCAGCACUGGAGGAGGAACUCUUCCUGCAGGCACCGAAUGACUGCUUCACAUUGAAGUGGACUUGCUUAGGGGCACAUAAUCAACUCCAUGAGACUCUCUGGAAUCAGGCGACUCACUGAAGUGCCAAGCAGACGUUUUAACUGUUGCACUUGUAGUGCCAUGGUGUGAAUCUGCUUAAGUGGAUGUGAUUGUGUAAGUGUACCUUUAUCGGAUGUUUUUUCAGUCACGCACUUGAAUUGCAGGAGUUUUAAGUUAUUAGUGUUGUUUUUGUUUUGUCGUCUGUUGCCUGAUCGUGAAUGAAUAUUUGAGUGUCAUGUGUACAUAGUGAUUUUUCUUUUAAUCGGCUUUCAAAUAAAUUGACAUAAUCUAAAUGUUUUGUAUGAAUAUUUAUAUAUUAAAUGCA